UCGAUAGCAGCGCAAGUCUAUCGAUUCCGAGUGAUGUUAAUUAAUCACUUUUACUGUUUACUUUUUUAAUUAAAACUGCGUUAAUUAAAUUAACCAAAACGGCUGUUCUCAGCCCAUUGCGACGCGAAAACGAAGACGCGCCAGUCGUAGCGACGGCCAAAAGGAAACCAGCCAAGGGAAAACCACCAGGAAGCCAGCCAGCCAAACCCCCAAAUAGAAAAAGAAACCCACUUGGCGAAGACAACAACAGUAAUUAGGGUGUGUGUGUGAGUGUGUGAAGUGAAUAGUUAAAUCAGUGAAUAAUUUACCGUAUGGCCUUCGCCUUCCCCUGGGGGAACAACAACAAAGCCUCACGUUCACUUACUCCCACACGCAUACACACACGCACAGCCGAUAACCUGUGUGUGAGGCAAUCGCCGUCAUCGCCCCGAAAUCAAAUCACUUAUCGGGAGUAACAACAACAACCACACAGCAGCAGCUGCAGCAUAAUCAACAAUUAAAUAUACAAGAUGGGACUACUAUUAUCGCGGCUGUGGCGGAUGUUUGGCAACGAGGAGCACAAGCUGGUGAUGGUGGGCCUGGACAACGCGGGCAAGACGACCAUCCUGUACCAGUUCCUCAUGAACGAGGUCGUCCACACGAGUCCCACGAUCGGUUCGAAUGUGGAGGAGGUCGUCUGGCGGAACAUUCACUUCCUGGUCUGGGAUUUGGGCGGUCAGCAGAGCCUGCGCGCCGCCUGGAGCACCUACUACACGAACACAGAGCUGGUCAUCAUGGUCAUAGACUCAACGGAUCGGGAAAGGUUGGCUGUGACGCGGGAGGAGCUCUACCGGAUGCUGCAGCACGAGGAUCUCAGCAAGGCUAGCCUGCUGGUCUAUGCCAAUAAGCAGGACCUGAAGGGCUCCAUGUCGGCAGCGGAGAUAUCGCGGCAACUGGACCUCACCUCCAUCAAGAAGCACCAGUGGCACAUCCAGGCCUGCUGCGCGCUCACCGGCGAGGGACUCUACCAAGGACUCGAGUGGAUCGUUCAGCGCAUCAAGAACAAAUGACCCGCCGCUACGUACUAGCUAAAAUUAAUCAUUAAACCCCUAGCUGUCUAGAGAAAGUAAACCAAUUUUGAUAUACAAACAAUUUUUGAAGCGUCGUUUCCAAAUUGUUUGAUAAAAAAAAGUUGUUGCCAAGCCAAUUUUAUUUAGUGUAAAUUACGUCUGAACGGGAGAUCCGUCGCCCUCAAUGAUUUAAAUCUACGUGUAUAUGGAUAAUGUCUAGGAGCUAAGCCAAUUAACUACGAUACUUCCAAUAAAAUUACAAAAUAAACGAGUUUAUUUCGA